AUGAUGAAGAUCGCCCAACUAGUAGAUGACGUGCGCCGUCUCCAAGCGUCGCUGACAGCGCUGCAAGAAGCCCAUGCUCAGCAGCUGCAGCGGCUAGAAGAGAGGCUGGACGAGAAGAAGCAGCACAUUGCGAGGCUGGAAGCGAGGCUUGACACACAGAGGGACUAUGAUGAUAUCAAGAGAGAAAUCAGCAUGCUCCGAGCCCUCGACCUGGGUGGUGGGGAGCGGUCUCUAGACCGCAAGCCUGAGCUCCGCUCGCCGAGCACUGCGCCCUCGCUGCGGGACCACUCGGCCGAGCGAGAACGGAGCGCCGAGCGCCGGGACACAGGUGUGGAGGAGUGGCCCAGCACGCCGCCGCCGCUCAACAACAACACCACGCACCACAACAACAACGGGCCCACGCCGCUGCCGCUGCCUCCGCCGAGCCCCUUCCGCUUCGAGGAGCACCGCACCUACAGGUUCGCUGAGGACAUGGGCCCGCUCCCACCCGGAGCUCUCGUGGGAAGACUCGGCGACUCCCUCAUCCCCAAAGGCGACCCAAUGGAGGCGCGACUACAAGAGAUGCUCAGAUACAACAUCGACAAAUACGCCAACACUAACUUGGACACGCUGCACAUAAGCCGGAGAGUGCGAGAGCUGCUGUCAGUCCAUAACAUUGGCCAGAGACUUUUUGCCAAGUACGUCUUGGGGCUGUCGCAAGGCACAGUGUCAGAACUGCUGUCGAAGCCGAAGCCCUGGGACAAGCUGACGGAGAAGGGCCGCGACUCGUACAGGAAGAUGCACGCGUGGGCUUGCGAUGAGGCUGCCAUCAUGCUGCUCAAGUCACUGAUCCCUAAAAAAGUUGGGACGAAGGAUGGCACCGGCGCAGUGUUCGGACGACCGGAGGGUGACGGUGACGACAGGCUCACGCACGCGAUUCUGAGUGAAGCGCAUAUGAUGAAGACACCUACCGGACCUCCUCACAAUGAUGACUCCAGAAGCAAUGAGGACUCGAGCUCACCGAGAACUCAGUGCCCCUCACCGUUCUCUAAUAAGGACUCGAGUCAAAACAGAAGACUUAAGAAGUAUGAGAACGAUGACAUUCCCCAGGAGAAAGUAGCGCGCAUAUACCAGGAGGAACUUGCCAAAAUCAUGACUAGGAGAGUAGAGGACAUCCGUCGUGAAGGCUUCCCUGGCGGCGGCAUGCCACCCCACAUGGAGAGGCCCCCAGAAGACAUCCGCAUGGCUUUAGAAGCAUACCAUAGAGAGCUUGCCAAGAUCCAACCUGGCGGUAACAUUCCCAACAUGCACAACUUGCCAGCCAUGCCGCACUUUCCGAAUCUCCUUGCGUUGCAGCAACAAGCAAUGCAACAAGCGCAGAACCAGCAGAUGAACGGCUCGGGAGCGGUCCAAGAUCUCUCUUUGCCUAAAGAUAAAAACGCCAAAAUGAAUGGAAUGACUGAUAGUGAUAAGGAUAGGUCAAUGGAUGCCGAAGAGGCUAUUAGGCACGCUGGAAGCGCAUUCUCAUUACUCAGCGGCAGCAAGUCCGCUGCAGAGGAUGGCAUCUAUCACGAACAGUCUCAUAUCCCAACCUUCAAAUCCUCCUCACCAUCCACCUGUACAAAGGUCGAUGAAAGCGGUUCUUCCACCGAUAACCAGCAACAAUUUGAUCUCUUUAACAAUUUGAAUACAGAAGAUAUAGUACGGAGAGUAAAAGAGGCUUUAAGCCAGUACUCCAUUAGCCAAAGACUGUUCGGAGAGUCCGUCCUAGGACUAUCGCAAGGAUCUGUGAGCGACUUGCUAGCGAGGCCGAAGCCCUGGCACAUGCUCACACAGAAGGGACGAGAACCUUUCAUUCGAAUGAAAAUGUUCUUAGAAGAUGAUAAUGCUGUCCACAAAUUGGUUGCAUCUCAGUACAAAAUAGCGCCGGAGAAACUAAUGAGGACCGGAAACUAUAGCGGAGCACCUGCAUGUCCGCCGAAUAUGAACAAACCCAUGCCGCCAACACAAAAGAUGAUAUCCGACGCGACCUCCUUGCUGAGCAAGAUGCAACAGGAGCAGUUGCUGGGUGCCGGACACCUCGGCCACCUUGGGCAGCCCACGCCGCUGCUGCUGACGCCGCCCGGCUUCCCGCCGCACCACGCCGUCACGCUGCCGCCGCAGCACCACGACAAUAACAACAAGGAGAGGAAGCCCCCGCCACCGCCACAGCCCCACCACCAGCCGCCAGUCAUGCGCAAUCUGCACCAACACAUAUCGCCCAGCGUUUAUGAAAUGGCCGCACUGACCCAAGACUUAGACACACAAACAAUAACAACUAAAAUUAAAGAAGCAUUACUGGCAAACAAUAUUGGCCAGAAAAUCUUUGGUGAAGCUGUUUUAGGACUAUCACAGGGUUCCGUUAGUGAAUUACUAUCAAAACCGAAACCUUGGCACAUGCUUAGCAUCAAAGGCAGGGAGCCAUUCAUUCGCAUGCAGCUGUGGCUAAGCGAUGCACAUAAUAUUGAUCGCUUGCAAGCUUUGAAGAACGAACGACGAGAAGCUAGUAAACGGCGGCGGUCAAGUGGCCCUGGACAAGACAACUCAUCCGACACAUCGUCGAAUGAUACGUCAGAGUUCUACCACUCUAGCUCACCGGGCCCCAACACGGGAGCGCCGUGUGCCAAGAAACAACGAGUAUUGUUCUCUGAAGAGCAGAAAGAGGCGCUCCGAUUAGCAUUCGCUCUCGACCCUUACCCUAACAUGCCAACGAUCGAAUUCUUGGCCGCAGAAUUAGGUCUGUCGUCACGAACCAUUACCAACUGGUUCCAUAAUCAUCGAAUGCGACUAAAACAACAAGCGCCACAUGGCUUACCAGCAGAACCUCCUGCGCGAGAUCAGUCCUCUGCGCCUUUCGACCCAGUCCAGUUCCGUCUCCUUCUCAACCAGAGACUACUAGAACUGCAAAAGGAAAGAAUGGGCCUUGCUGGAGUACCUCUACCGUACCCACCAUACUUCGCAGCUAACUCCAACUUAGCAGCACUGAUCGGUCGAGGGUUAAUACCACCCGAAGACCAGGUCAAGGAUCAAUCUGGUGGCCUCGAUUUAUCGAUGCCACUAAAACGAGAACCCGACGGUGAUGACUUCGAGGACGAUGACGUCGAGAGCAACCUCGGCUCCGAGGACUCGUUGGACGAGGAAUCUAAGACUGAGCCGAAGGCGGCGUCAACACCCGCGGGUCGAUCGAGCAGACGAAAGCCUGCCGCGCCGCAGUGGGUUAACCCCGAUUGGCAGGACGAGAAGCCACGCAACCCUGACGAAGUGAUAAUCAAUGGAGUGUGCGUGAUGCGAAGCGACGACUUCCGGAGAGAGGCGGAGGAGACGGUGCGCGUGGAGCCCUCGCCGGUGGCGCGCGAGAGCUCGCCUGGUGGCACGCCCGGCGCGUCGCCUGCGCCCGUCACGCCACGGACGCCGCGCACACCGCACACGCCACGCCCGUCACACACGCCUGAUGACGUCAUCCCCGAGGACAAGAUUAAGGCCGAGACCGACGACGGCUGGGAGUACUAGGCUCCGCUCGCUCCGCUCUGGUGAAACGGGUCCCGAACUGUGACGUGCAGACUGUACCAUAUCACGUUCGAACAAUUAUUAAUUUAUUGUGUGCCGCGCAGUGUGAGUGUCCGUCGGUCCGGUGGCGACGUUCAGUGCAAAUGUUACUGUGUAGCUAGUGUUCGUUGUAUUUCGAUUGUAAGGCCAAAGACUUUGUACAUACUACCCGUGUAGCUUCUCGUGAUACGCCAGUACGUAAACUUGCGAUACAAAAAUAUGCAUUUUGCUUUAAUUUUUUAAUGUAAACACGUACCCUGAUUAGGUACAAAUAUCUGAGUAUUUUUAAGUUACGGCUUUUUGAUUCGAUUGUAAAUAAAUAUACCAAAUAUGUGUCGAAUAUUGCCUGUGAACCAGACCCUGUAUAUAAGUAGGUUAGUCUAUUCGUGUAAGAUAACUCUGUCGCUGAUACAGUUAGGGGUAGGGGAAGGUUCAUUUAAUUGUUAAUGAAAAUUAUAAAGUGCAAUCAGAUGUAAAUUUAAGCUAUGGUUUAACGAGCCCCAGUUGAAAAGUAUUAUUAUGUUUAUUAGAACCGGAGAGGUUUAAAAUAUUAUAAUCGGGUUAUAUAAGUUAACAUUUAAAUUAUUAAUGUUUAUUUUAUUACUAUUGUAUGUUUUCUAUUGCAUUAUUUUAUAGAACGCCGCGGGACCGCUCAACUUUGUGAUUUUAGCUGUCAUUUUUAUAACGUUUAGUUAUAUCAUAAACUCUCAGUUCUAAUUCCAUACAAUAGCUCUAUUGUUUGUUUCUUUUCAUUUUUAUAUAUUUUUUAGAAAAUGUACAAAUCAAGACACAAAAUAAUACGAUUAAGCAAGUAAUGUAUUGCUUAUGGUUUAUAGUUUUAUUUUAUUUUAGCAAUAAAAUUUGCUUUUAUUCUUAUUUUCUUUAUUUUAUUUUACCUCCUUAUUUUUUCCUUUUUUUUCUUAGGAAAUAAGUAAAAGAAAAUGUAAAUUUUAAAGGAACCAUACUCCUUGCAUCACGUUGUACAUAAUUAUAUUCAGUUUAAAUGUAAAUAUCUAUUUGAAAUGCCACGUUAGAUUAAUAUACCUAGGUAAGUAGGAAAAUAGUUUAACCCAAAAAAUUUAACUUCGUAAAAGGGUAAAAUCAUAAAUAAUCGAAAUUAUUGUCAUUCUAAAAGUGUAUCGAAAUUGUAACGAAAUUAUGUCAAAAUAGAUUUAGGCCUUCAGGUUUCAAUAAAGUGAACAGUUUGGAAGAUUUCAAUUUUACAUGGAGAAUAUUAAAUUCUUUAAAAAUACCUACAUCCAUUUUUAGAAAUACCAACAUACAUAUCGAUGUUAUAUAUAAACAGUAAGUUAGAUAAGUAAUAGCGUAUAAUAGUCAAAAUUAACAAACUUAGGCUGUUAAACAGUUACAACGGUUAUUUUAACUCUCCAAC